AUGCACUCCAAGUCUAAAUCCGAGAAAACCACCUCGCCCGUCGAAGUCGCUGAAACCCCUUCACAAGCGGCGGCCAGAACAGAACGCGAGACAAAGGGACGACCAGCUCACUGGGUUGGCUCGGAGCCCAAUAAUUUCAAGAACCCGUGGCCCAGUUGGCGCCAGGAUUGGGGUGGAGUUGCGGAGGGUGCUGGUUUACUCACGACGUCACUUUCAAUCGCCUUCACUCCUCCAGCAAAGGAACUUGUGGCCCAGAUUCCAAUCAAGAAACCCGAGUGGGAAAUUUUACAGCUUGCGGAGAAUGCGAAGAGGAUUAAAGCUACUUGGCUUGGGCAUGCGUGUUUUCUUGUUGAACUGCCCUCAACAACCGUCGGUGUUCGUGGUGGACGGAUUCUUUUCGACCCAGUCUUCAGUGACAGAUGUUCACCAAGCCAGUGGAUGGGCCCCAAACGGUUUACACCCCCGCCAUGCUCACUCGAAGAUAUUCCUGACAUUGACGCUAUCGUGAUCUCACAUAACCACUACGACCACAUGGACACCACCUCUUUGAAACAUUUACUCAAACGGACCACGCACCCCCCGCAUGUAUUCGCUCCCCUUGGUCACGGCAACACCGCCUACUUCCGCUCUCUGGGUGUUCCAACCUCCAGAACCCACUGUAUUGACUGGUGGGAUGCUCGGCGUGUGACGGUCGAUGUCGACAACACUAAAGUCGCGUUUGAUGUCACGUUUACUCCUGGCCAGCACUUCACUGGAAGAAGCAUCACUGAUAGGUUCAAAACGCUUUGGGGCGGUUGGGUCGUGGAAAACGUCGAAGAGGGCAAGGAGAACGCCAAGGUGUACUUUGGCGGCGAUACGGGCUACCGCUCUGUCCCGUCUGACACCGACGAGGGUCCGGAGACCUUGCCCGUGUGCCCUGCAUUCAAGGAGAUCGGUGAGAAAUGGGAUGGAUUUGAUUUGGCAUUAAUUCCUAUUGGAGCAUAUGACCCCCGCAAGUUCAUGUCACCGAUUCAUUGCGCACCGCGCGAUAGUGUGGGCAUAUUCAAAGAUAUUCGUGCGAGGAGGGCCUUAGGAAUGCAUUGGGGUGCCUGGGUACUCACAACCGAGCCUAUCAACCAGCCGCCCGUCAAGCUUGCGGAGGAGUGUGCCAAGUCUGGAAUCGCUGAGGGCUUGUUUGGGGUCUGUGCGAUUGGAGAGACGGUUGUGGUGGAUGUGAAGGAAAUGCAGUCUUGA